AUGGUUCCUGUUGCUAUAGAAGGAUGUAACCAAGGAGCGGAGGGCGGCGGAGCUCGUGGUGGCUCCAUUUCUCUUGCGUUGCUGAUAGAUUUUAUAGUGCAAAGGACUUACGAUGAGCUUACAGUAUUGGCAGAAUUACUGCCACGAAAGACUGAUAUGGAACGAAAAAUUGAAAUAUAUAAAUUUAGUGCUCGCACUCGUCAGUUAUUUGUUCGCCUGUUGGCCCUUGUGAAAUGGGCAAGCAGUGCUACGAAAGUUGAUCGCUCUGCACACAUCAUGGCAUUCCUUGAUAAGCAGGCAUUGCUUUUUGUAGAAACAGCAGACGUAUUAGCAAGAGUUGCUCGAGAAACUCUUGUCCAUGCCCGUUUACCAACAUUUCACAUGGCGGCUGCUGUGGAAGUGUUGACAUUGGGUACAUACAGUCGCCUGCCUGCAGUGAUACGUGAACGUCUGGUACCGCCGCCGCCACUUACAGCCACAGAGCGUCGUUCUACAUUACGAGCUUUAGCUCAUGUUGUGCGUCAAAGGCUCACAACUGCAUCCUUGCCAAAUGACGUCAGAAAUUUAAAGGUGGAGAAUGGAAGAGCUACCUUCACAGUUGGUCAAGAGUUUAGUGUUUCUUUAACAGUCAUGGGUGAUGCUCCAAAUUUACCAUGGCGUCUACUAGACAUAGCAAUUCUGAUUUCUGAUAAUGAAACUGGUGAGGGCAAACCUCUAGUGCACAGUUCGCAGCUUGCAUGGCUGCGCGGUGUUGCCCAGGCUCGGUUAGCGGCGGCAGGGUUAAGUGGUGCAUUAGCAGCAUUGAGAUACUUCUGUCGCUCGUUAUCACUGGAGCUGUUAUAUACACAGACGUUGAGGCUGUGCCGCGACCGCUUAGCAAGACACUUGCAAGUCGAUAGAUACACACCAGGACAGAAACUACAGGUCUCUUACUGGAGAGAGUUGGGUUGCGAGCUCGGUUAUCGGCUUAUAAUCGGCGCGGAGGGUGAACAGUUGUGUGUAUGGCACGUGCCAGCGUUGACGGGAGGGGAGAGAGUGUCGGCCGCGUUGACGCCUCACGCUCCUUCUAUGGAACGGCUAUUAGCUCACACGGUGCAUGUACGCUCCCGUCAGAGACUGAACGAUCUGAAAGUGCUGCUUAACGAUCUCGGGGUGGAAUGUUCAGUGGGCGGAUGGCCGUGCGUGCUGGCGUGUUCGGUAGUGGCGCCGUGUUUGCGCGCGGAACAGCUUCUAGUGUGCGUGGGCGCGCACGGCGGGCGGUUGCGCGCGCGCGUGCCCGCUUACCCUUCAUCGCCGCGGAUGCCCGAUCUAGCACGAGCAUUGGCAGCCGCUGAUCUACCACUCAUACGUACCUUACUCACGCAACUCAGAUUUUGGUUAGUAGCGCGCAGGUGCGAGAAAACUCUUCAGCACUUGCCAGCGAGCGUGUGCGAACACUUACCCUUUCUCCACGGACCUGAUCACCCACUCAACAAAUUAUCGCCCGAUCGACUUUAUGUGACUUUGCAUAGGCACACUGACCAUAUUUUGAUAGUGGAGAUGAAAGAAGUGGCCGCCGGUAGCACUGCCACUACCAGUAACAGUGCUAACAGCGGUAGCGCUUGUUCUGUCGCACUUUCCUUCCACUUGGCAGGGGCGCGUCGAUGCACGCCCGACGAGUGCGAAGACGAGUCGUCGGCAGCGACACCGGCGGGGGUGGCUCGCGCUUUCUUCAAGAUACAUUCGUUAGUGGAACUGGACACUUUCACAUUGACCCACGGGCCAUUCACGCCGCUAGAUACACCGGGCAUGCAGCCUGGUAAGCGUAAGCUGUCCGCGGCGAACAUUCGCGCUGUUCGCGUGCGCCAGCCCGCAUAUUUCUUGCCGGAACUCGCGCACGUUGUCGCCGCCGCCGAUGAACGAGUGCCCUUCGUCAAUCUAGCUCAGGAGUUAGCGAGUAGGGGCGUUACCCACGGCGGUGUACAGCCCGAAUGGAGCGGGUCCGCAUUGGGUAUGCGUAUAGUGUCACUGCCGCGGCCCGACGGAGCCCCGGCUGCGGCGGCCAACGCCCUCAGAGAUAGACUCCUCGCGGCCACCAUACGGCUCACUACUAAGAACCAAGCCAGGGUAUGGACAGCGGAGAUAGUCUUCCACGGGUCACCGAUUAGAACUUCUAACCCUAAGGAACAAGGUGAGAGACGCUGCGUGUACUUGCAGUAUGAGUUGGGUACGGACGCGGGCCGGACCGCUGAGGCGUUCCUCGCUGAUUGGGCCGCUAUAGUGCACUUGCAUACCCUAUUAUACGACUUCAUGCUACGACCGCUACAAGAGCGCGAGACGCUAUGGCAGGGCGUUUGCAUCAGGUCGUAUACAUACCGAUCGCUGGUACUCGGCUUCGGUCCGUCGCAGCGCGCCACCGCGGUCCUGCAGUGGAGCGCCGGCGGGCAGCGGUACACGGUCGUCACGCCCGCCCACCAACCCGCUGCCAACGCGCACCAUCUGCUGCAUCACCACCUGGACCACUAUCUCAACUGGCAUAAAGAUCUGAUGUCUCUGGGUGUGGUGUUACGUGAGACUUACGGUCCUCUACUAGCGUUGAGCCGUUUGCCCACGUUGCCUCAGCUGGGGCUGCAUCACGUACGCACACAGAUGCCCACGCCCACCUUCACACUGCUUGCCCACUCUUGGAGAAAGAUUCGCGUUAUAUACGCCGGAGCUUAUUCUCUGGAAGUCUGCAUCCGUGGUGGAGGUGUGGUGACCAUCCGCGAUGGUUCCUACUCCAAAUUUGAUCGCAGCUCCGUUGUUGAUGAAUUUUCUCCUGCUCAAGGUCUCAAAGCAUUUUUGUCAAGAUAUGCAGAAGAGACUAUUAGUUCGAGAUUGUUAGCCGAAGAUGACAAUCCGCCUUCACCGAUGUCACCGAUGCCUCCAGGUGGGCUCCGUUUCCCUGCUCCGAUGACCCCGCCUCAACCUCACACUCCUCACUCUGCUCCAGUGACACCUCAUCCGGCUUCACCCGCACAACACCAGAUAAGCGGUUCGUUCAACUUGACGUCACCGCCGGGCGGCGCGGUGGGGGCGGGCGGCGCGGGUGGCGGGGGCGGGGGCGGUGUGUCCGCGUCGCCCGCGUCCCCCAUGGCGCCGUCCCCGCUGGGCGCGCCCGCCGCCUCCCCCCACCCUCCGCCCACCUCUCCCUUCACCGCGUGGCCCGGCUCACCGUCGCUGCCCCGCCCCUCGCCCGGGCACCACCCCUCGCCUCGACACCAUCUCGACCACAAGGGGCCACAAGCGUCGGGUUCUACGGCAUCUAGUGGGCGUGUACUAGUAGGCGGGCGGGCAUGGGCGGGUGCUACGGCCACACCCCUGCCCGUAAUUAAAUUGGAAGCGUUAUGUACUCCAUGCGAGCCGCCGCCUAAUGCCCCUCCCGGGCCACCGUUAGCGCCCUUGCAACGAUUCUUAGCCUGCGUCUACAUGAAACGUACAUUACAACGGUUCGUGCAACAAGAGGAAUUUCUAAACAUGGUGUCAGUGGAAGCAACCAGUCUCACGUUCCGUUGUGAAGCGGCCGGACUUGCGGCGCGCGUCUUUUUACAUCCGCAGCAUUUGCAAUCGUUACAUUUACAACUGACUCCACUACCUGAAGCUAAGGAUACAUGGACCAAUGACGAUAUCCAGGUGAUGGAGAAAUUCUUCGAACAGCGGGUGGCGGUUGCCCCGUACCGCGCGACCGCAUUACAGGGAUGGGCUCGGGUGUGGGGGGCGCCGGGGGCCGCGCUGCCCUCGCUGGUGGCUCUCAUGCGGGCCGACCUCGCCCCGCUAGUGGCCCCGCCCGCCUGGCAUCUACACUGGGCCCUGCGCAUACCGCCCGCCGCCCCGCAGAUAGUGCCCGCGGGACAACCGGCCGUCUUACUAGCCAAACAAAAGAUACUGUUGUUUAUUUGCUUGACCCGAGGUGACACACAACUAGUAUUACCGCUGGUAUACGAUAUGCACUCGAAUGUGACACAACUCGCCGAUAAACGCGACUCGCAACCGCACCUCAUUGCGGUCAGCUUACACCUAAAACGGUUCAACGAGUUCAACCAGUCGCACGAAUGUACGUUAUGGCCGGCGGUUCGUGAUUUACUCGCUAACUUUACUCUUCCGCAAGACGCACCUCCACAGGCGGCGCCACCUCCACCAUAG